AACACAAACACGGGCCUUUGAAAGGACUGAAAUGCGUAACAGAUCCGGCAGUGAAAACACGGAUCCUAAGUAUGUCAUUCUGUCAUUGAGGCUUUUUCCAGUGUUAUGUUUUUUCACUAACUUGUUCUGUUAACGCCGACAUGCAAGACGAGACUGACAUUGAGUAAGUAGCGUUACAUUUUAAUAUUCAGUCAUAUUACACAAGAUGUGUCAAUGAUGUAACGAAGUUUCAGUGUUAUGAAACGUUCGAAUGAUGUUUAACAAAAGCGCCAAUUUCAAUGUCUCUGACUGGAAUGUUUGAAAAUAGAAAACAUAAUUAUAAUGCAUUCAUUCAUACACGCUGUCAUGUAAGACAGACACGUGUAGAUUUUUUCAGCCGAUUUUGUUAUGUAAAUUCGGCAUGAGUUGUUACAUUACAGGUAAAGCAGGAAAUACUGUCAUCAUUUUGUGAUAUUGUUUUUCUUUAAGGUGUGAAAUGUCUUAAUUUUAUCUUCAGUAAACAGAAAAAUUCGCAUCUGUUUUUUUUUUUAUUUUUUUUAUUUUAUUUUGUAUUUUUUAAUACGGCCUUAACCGUAUUCGUAGGAGUAUAAUUAAAAAAAAUAAAAAUAAUAAUAAAUAAAUGCCUAAAUCUAAAAUUAAAUCGCAUGUUAAUCUAAAUAGUUCAAACGUAAUAAAUAAUAAAUUAAAUAAAUUUCUGUCAUCAUCUUCUUUUUAAUUUAAAGUGAUGUUCCUAGCACUAUUUAUCACACGGCGCUCAAGAAUACUCUAUUCUGAUUGGUCAGAUAUUAAUAAGUAAUGUCCCCAAAACUGUAAGCAAUGCAAUUCCUGCAUAGCUGUAGUAUUUUCAUGUCUCUUGUAUCAUUCUGUAGUCUUCUCACAUGAUACAAUUUAAUUAAAUUCAGUUCAAGGUUUCAUGUUCAUUUAUUUAUUAUUUUGUUAGUAGCCAUUUAACAAGUUUGACAAAAUACAGUCAGUUGGUCAUUAUUGUAAAAUAAACCCCAUUCGUUUGAUGCAAGACCACUUGGCUUCGCAUUGGGGUUUAUUAUUUUGUCCUUGCUUUAGCUGUUUAUGUGGAACAUGUUGUUCUUUUCCCAUGUGUGUGUGUCUGUGUUUGUUUGUGAAUGACUUGUGCCCCCCAAAACAUCAUUAACACUCAUUAGAUUAUUACCACCAGCAGGUGACAGGCUUGUACUCUGUGUAAAGGCCGACCUCUGGGAACUGGUCGUGGUGGCCCUCGUGGAGACCAACAUCCAUGUCGCUGUUAAAAAUCGCUGAGGCUAAAAUUCUUGCUUGUGUGCAGAGUAACGUUUUGUCCAGAUUUGUGACUUUGACAAAUCAAAACAGAAUAUGGACACUUAAAGUGACCAACAAGACGGCAUGCAAACCUACAGACAAAGCCUCUCAGACGCCUCUUGUAAUGAUCCAUGGGUUUGGAGGGGGUGUCGGCCUCUGGAUUCGUAAUCUGGAUGCAUUGAGUCACUCUCGCCCAGUCUAUGCUGUUGACCUGUUGGGCUUUGGGCGUAGUUCCCGCCCAUCGUUCCCAUCUGACGCUUCAUUGGCUGAGGAACAAUUUGUCAGUUCAAUAGAACAGUGGAGAGAAUCACUGGGGCUGGAACACAUGAUCCUAUUGGGCCACAGCCUGGGUGGUUACCUAGCAACAUCUUAUACUAUCCAGUAUCCUGAGAGAGUCAGUCAUCUCAUCCUGGUGGACGCGUGGGGUUUCCCCGAGCGACCUCAGUCACAGGGGUCAGGAGGUCAGGGGUCAGAGGUUAAAAGGGUUUCGCCACCUCGCUGGUUGAAAGCUGUAGCUUCAGUAUUCAGUCUCUUCAAUCCUCUGGCCGUCAUCAGAGCAGCAGGACCAUGGGGUCCAGGGCUGGUCAACAGAUUCCGACCUGAUUUCAAGAGGAAGUUUGAAGAUCUAUUCGAUGAUGACACUAUGACACAAUACAUUUACCACUGUAACGCUCAGAGCCCAAGUGGUGAGGUGGGUUUUAAAGCCAUGUCCGAGUCUUUCGGCUGGGCCAAGAGGCCGAUGGUGCAGCGUGUGAAUUUGCUGCCCCCGACGAUGCCCGUUACCAUGCUGUAUGGAGCGCUUUCCUGGGUGGACAGCUCCACCGGAAACAGAGUCGCUGAGAUAAGAGGCAAAAGCCCCACCAGUGUAAUUUUGAUUGAAGAUGCUUCACAUCACGUGUACGCCGACCAGCCGGACGAGUUCAACCGAGUGGUUCAGAAUAUUUGUAACACUGUAGACUAAUGGUCAACAUGAAUGUGACGACUGAGCCCAGAGUCACUAGAGUGAUGGGAUGUUUGCUUGUGUGGACAUUUCUGUUUAUGAAUGAGGUCUGUCAAGACGUAGUCUAAAGAGAGUUGCUGAGGACCUUCAGUUCGCUUUUUGGUUGAACUAUCCCUUAAACACACUCAUUUUACUGUUUGUGGCCUUUGAUGUUGAAGCCUAAAGGAUUGUACUGCUGAGUUUGAUGGAAUAUGUUUUCAUUUGUGUAUUUUGUAUCCUAUAUUUUAUUCAAAAUUUUAAAUGUGCACUGAGAAAAGCAUGCUCUUUGUGUCAUUACAUUGUCUGGGGUCAUAUUGACUAAAAUAAGGGAUGUUUAAUAAUUUCAUUAAACAUUGCAAAUGAUUGUCUGAUUUUUAUAACAUGCAUAUAAAAUACAUUGUUGUAUAUUUAACACAGCUUUGUUUUGUGUCUUUAAUUUUGUAUUUAUUUUUUGGAGCAGUGUUGUACUUUUCUCCAAAUUGUGAUAAUUUUAUUGCGAUUAAUGUCCACUAUGAGGCGCUCAAUCCAGGAUUUUGCUUGUGAUAAGAUACUUUAGUUUAGCAGUGACUGUAUAGUCAGAAGCUGUUUGGAAUAUACUGCAUGGCACACUGCAUAUAAAAGUAUGUGAAACAUUUACGCUCCGUUACGCUCAUCCCAUUAAAAUGGGGGGUAAAAUAGCCAGAUGGAACUCAUCAAUGUAUCUGAUUACUUAUACUGAAAAGCUGAUGACCUUUGCAAUUUGAAUGUUUAAAAGAAAUUGUUAGGAGUAAAAAGGCUUUUCCCUUUGGA